AUGGCCACCUCACGAUAUCUUAAACUGCCUUGCACCAGGUCACGCCCCUCUCUCUACUCCCUUUCUUAUAUCAAGAGGGGAAAAACACGGAACUACCUCUACCCUAUUUGGUCACCAUUCGCCUAUUACCUUUACUGUUACAAAUACCGGGUCACUCUCCGGGAAAAGAUGCUGCCUUGGUCUUGUUGUAAAAGCAUCACUUAUAAAGAAGAGGAGGACUUGACACUGAGGCCCCGUUGCUGCCUUCAGUGCUCCGAGUCUCUAGCAGGCCUCCAGGUGGGCAGAAGCACCAAGCAGGGUGACCAAGAUCAGCUUAAAGAACUGUAUUCGGCAGGGAACCUGACAGUGCUGGCUACUGAUCCCCUGCUCCACCAGGACCCGGUGCAGCUAGAUUUCCACUUCCGCCUCACCCCUAAGACCUCUGCCCACUGGCACGGCCUUCUCUCUGACCAUCGACUCUUCCUGGAUAUCCCAUAUCGUGCCUUGGAUCAAGGCAACAGAGAAAGUCUGACUGCAACACUGGAGUAUGUGGAGGAGAAGACCAAUGUGGACUCGGUGUUUGUAAACUUCCAAAACAAUCGAAAUGAUAGAGGUGCCCUGCUAAGGGCCUUCAGCUACAUGGGCUUUGAGGUGGUCAGACCAGAUCACCCCGCUCUCCCUCCUUGGGACAAUGUCAUCUUUAUGGUGUAUCCCCUUGAAAGGGACCUUGGCCACCUGCCCAGCGAGCCUCCCUGAACAUGCUUAUUCCUACUCUAUGAGGGGCUGGGAACCUUGAUAAGUGGAAACCAUGGAACCAGGAUGUGACUGGUAACACCUUCCAUCCUAGGAAUAAAGGGUAGUGCAAUC